AUGAUUAUUGCUGUGCAGACCCUGCUAUACUUCCGAGAGUCAUUGGUGACUGUUUUGGAACGUUUGAUUGGACCAUAUUAUAAGCGAUUUAGUUUUUCACUCAAAAAUAAAGACGAUAACUUGGAUGACGAUGACUCUGAAGAACAAGUAUUUGCUGAAUUUGAUGAUGAAAAGGGGGUUGUUUUCUUUCCACCGAUGUAUGCUCAACGGUAUGCUGCUGUUAAUGACUGUCUUUUGGAUGAAAGAUGGUGUGGCAAAUUAGAAAAGAUUGUUGACCUUGGUUAUCACGAUAUGAGCUUUAUCAAGUACUUAAAAGAAGUUCCUGGGGUAAAAUAUAUUUUGGGAGUAGAUAUUGAAACUGUGCCAUUACGUUGCUCCUCAGACCUUAUUUUCCAUGGAGAUUAUGCACCCAAGCGAGAGAACCCAUUACAAAUUACUCUAUUUCAAGGAAACGCAGCUGAUCCAGACUACAGGCUUGUUGGUUGUGAUGCUGUUGUAGCAAUAGAGAUGAUAGAGCACAUGCUGCCUCAUGAUUUAGAUAGGCUGGUUCAUAACAUUUUUGGUUUCAUUCAACCUCAUAUAGCUGUUAUCACUACACCCAAUGCUGAUUUCAAUAUCCUGUUCAAAGCUAUGGAGAAAAAUGGGCUAAGGAGAUGGGAUCAUUUGUUUGAAUGGACAAGGGAGCAGUUUAAUGAUUGGUGCAGCAAUAUUGUGAUUCGGUACCCAAAUUACACUGUUACCUGUAAGGGCAUUGGACCAGGUCCUCCUGGAACCUUACAUCAUGGCUGUUGUAGUCAGCUAGCACUUUUUGUUUCGAGGGAUUACCACAAGCAACAAGAUUUAACUAUUGAUAGCCUAGCUUUAGUAAAAAAUUGCCCCAAUGUAAGCAAUUUGAGUGACAUGGAAGAAAGUUGGGAAUGUGCAGAAGCUAUAAGUGAAAGUAAUAUGAUAUGCGGCCCAGCUAAGUUGAACUGUUCAACAUUGCAAGUGAAAAAGUUCUCCAAAGCAACACAAAACUUAAUGGCAAAGAAUAAACCUGACUCUAUUAUCCACACAAGGGAAGUAGUGGAUGAGAUUCAACAGUUGACGAAAAUGCUCAACUUUGACAAAAGCACCGUUGACCGCAAGGAAAACACAUGCAUUUGGAGUAAUAUAAAUUGGGGCGAUAAUGCUCCAUACUGGAACCAAUACUACAAGAUUGUCAGAGAUUACAAUUAUCCGUUUGAAACAAAAUCAGAUGAAACCCGGAUCAUAGAUCUGAUAUCAGAUGAAAUUAACCGACUGAUAGAUUCGCAGUGCACAGAUGAAGGCGUGUUUUGCACGGAUAAAUUGGAAAUACCUUUAGAUUAUCUUAUGGGCGUGGUCGAACAUAUUACAAGUGAUCAAAAUAAAGUGAAAGAUCUUCUUGAGUGGAACGGGUACAAAGUGGUUGAUAAUAUUGUUAUCCACUCGCGUUUGGUAAUUGAAAAUGUUUCUAUGGCAACACCUGAGAUCGAAUGGCAAGACAAUGACACCAUCUCAGAUUGGGAUGUGACUGAAAUACAUUCCACCUCUUACUCGAACGGAAGCGCAGUCUCGUCGCAGUUUUAUGGCAAAGGAUUGCAGCACGCCCUCGACUGUAAACUGCGUAAGUUGCGCACCCUGCUCACUGCCGACGAGGACAUCACGACGGAGCUGGACCGUGUGGUGUGUCGACUUAUGAAGCUAGCGCUGAAGACGAGCGGCGGCCGAGACACGCCGCCGCCCGCUUCCUGGCUGCAGUUUAAACUGUUGGAUCUUCUAACGUUAACCGAGAGGGCGAUAGAGAGGAGGAAGCGGCAUUAUUUCGAUAGGAAUCCAUUGACCGUUCAAUCGAAGGAUUUACAGGGACAGACAAUUGACAAGAUCCAGCUGCCAAAAGCAGAAGAUAGUAAAAAAGUG